CUUCUCUUUCAUUCUUCCCUCAGGAAAGAGAUCUCCAAGAUCAUGUCUAGCUCCUACCUGCGAGGCCUCAACAUAGCCUCCUUCUUUGCGGCCAGUAAGAUCAUCGUCUUCAUCACCUUCACUGUCUACGUCCUCCUGGGGAACACCAUCUCAGCCAGCCGGGUGUUUGUGGCAGUGUCUCUAUAUGGUGCCAUCAAGCUCACAGUGACCCUCUUCUUUCCACUGGCCAUCGAGAAGGUGUUCGAGACCAUCAUCAGUAUCCGCAGGAUCAAGGUACUCUAUAGAUCAUCUGGCACAAAAUGGCUACUGUGCUUCACCUAGGUGCAAGGAGUUAUUGUAGUUUUAGUAUGGUUUGUUUGGCUGCAUCAUCUCUCUGUUGACCCACAGAAUUUCCUUCUGUUGGAUGAGAUUGAGAGAAACAACAUGAGAUUCACCCUGGAGGAAGAGAAAGACACCUCUGUUGAGAUCAAGGACUUAAUUUGCUACUGGGACAAGGUGAAUAUUCUGGCAGGGUCAAAUGUUGAAUGUCCAAAUGUUGAUAUACAAAACAAGUAGACGCCUGUCCUGUGUGGUAGCUUCAUGUAUUGCUAUGAAAUGUCCCUUCCCUCUGUCUCCACAGUGUCUGGACGCCCCGUCUCUCCAGAACCUGUCACUCACAGUAAAGUCGGAGCAGCUUGUCGCAGUCAUUGGACCUGUGGGGGCUGGAAAGGUCAGAGGUCAUGCACAGUAUAGAGUACACUAUAUAUAGAAAAGUAUGUGGACACCCCUUCAAAAUAGUGGAUUCGCCUAUUUCAACCACACCCGUUGCUGACAGGUGUAUAAAAUCGAGCACACAGCCAUGCAAUCUCCAUAGACAAACAUUGUCAGUAGAAUGGCCUUACUGAAGAGCUCAGUGGCAUUCAACGUGGCACCGUCAUAGGAUGCCACCUUUCUAACAAGUCAGUUCGUCAAAUUUCUGCCCUGCUAGAGCUGCCCCGGUCAACUGUAAGUGCUGAAGCACGUAGCGCGUAAAAAUAAUCUGUCCUCGGUUGCAACACUCACUACCGAGUUCCAAACUGCCUCUGGAAGCAACGUCUGCACAAGAACUGUUCGGCGGGAGCUCCAUGACCAUGGCCGAGCAGCCACACACAAGCUUAAGAUCACCAUGCGCAAUGCCAAGUGUUGGCUUGAGUGGUGUAAAGCUCUCCGCCAUUGGAUUCUCCAGGAGAACGCUACCUGCCCCAAUGCAUAGUGCCAACAGUCAAGUUUGGUGGUGGAGGAAUAAUGGUCUGGGGCUGUUUUUCAUGGUUCGGGCUAGGCCCCUUAGUUCCAGUGAAGGGAAAUCUGAAUGUUACAGCAUACAAUGACAUUCUAGACAAUUAUGUGCUUCCAACUUUGUGGCAACAGUUUGGGGAAGGCCCUUUCCUGAUUCAGCAUGACAACGCCCCCGUGCACAAAGUGAGGUCCAUACAGAAAUGGUUUGUUGAGAUCGGUGGGAAAGAACUUGACUGGCUUGCACAGAACCCUGACCUCAACCCCAUCGAACACCUUUGGGAUGAAUUGGAACGCCGACUGAGAGCCAGGCCUAAUUGCACAUCAGUGCCUGACCUCACUAAUGCUCUUGUGACUGAAUGGAAGCAAGUCCCCACAGCAAUGUUCCAACAUCUAGUGGAAAGCCUUCCCAGAAGAGUAGAGGCUGUUUUGGUAGCAGCAAAGGUGGGGACCAACUCCAUAUUAAUGCCCAUGAUUUGGAAUGAGAUGUUUUGACAAGCAGAUGUCCCACAUACUUUUGGGCAUGUAGUGUGUAUAUACAGUGGGGGAAAAAAGUAUUUAGUCAGCCACCAAAUUUUGCAAGUUUCCCACUUAAAAAGAUGAGAGAGGCCUGUAAUUUCAAACAUAGGUACACGUCAACUAUGACAGACAAAAUUUAGGAAAAAAAAUCCAAAAAAAAGAAAAUCCCAUUGUAGGAUUUUUAAUGAAUUUAUUUGCAAAUAUGGUGGAAAAUAAGAUUUGGUCACUACCCAAAAAAGCAAGAUUUCUGGCUCCAGACCCUGUAACUUCUUUUUAAGAGGCUCCUCUGUCCUCCCUCGUUACCUGUAUUAAUGGGACCUGUUUGAACUUGUUAUCAGUAUAAAAGUCACCUGUCCACAACCUCAAACAGUCACACUCCAAAAUCCCUAUGGCCAAGAUCAAAGAGCUGUCAAAGGACACCCGAAAACAAAAUUGUAGACCUGCACCAGGCUGGGAAGACUGAAUAUGCAAUAGGUAAGCAGCUUUGGGUUUUAAUAAAUCCAACUGUGGGAGCAAUUUUUAGGAAAUGGAAGAAUACAAGACCAAUGAUAAUCUCCCUCGAUCUGGGGCUCCACGCAAGAUCUCACCCCGUGGGGUCAAAAUGAUCACAAGAACGGUGAGCAAAAAUCCCAGAACCACACAGGGGGACCUAGUGAAUGACCUGCAGAGAGCUGGGACCAAAGUAACAAAGCCUACCAUCAGUAACACACUACGCCGCCAGGGACUCAAAUACUGCAUUUUGCAGACGGUCCCCCUGCUUAAGCCAGUACAUGUCCGGGCCCGUCUGAAGUUUGCUAGAGUGCAUUUGGAUGAUCCAGAAGAGGAUGGGAGGAAUGUCAUAUGGUCGAUGAAACCAAAAUAAACUUUUGGUAAAAAACUCAACUCGUCGUGUUUGGAGGACAAAGAAUGCUGAGUUGCAUCCAAAAGAACACCAUCCCUACUGUGAGCAUGGGGGUGGAAACAUCAUGCUUUGGGGCUGUUUUUCUGCAAAGGGACCAGGACGACUGAUCCGUGUAAAGGAAAGAAUGAAUGGGGCCAUGUAUCGUGAGUUUUGAGUGAAAACCUCCUUCCAUCAGCAAGGGCAUUGAAAAUGAAACGUGGCUGGGUCUUUCAGCAUGACAAUGAUCCAAACACACGCCCCGGGCAACGAAGGAGUGGCUUCGUAAAAAAGCAUUUCAAGGCCCUGGAGUGGCCUAGCCAGUCUCCAGAUCCCCAACCCCAUAAAAAUCUUUGGAGGGUUGAAAGUCCAUGUUGCCCAGCGACAGCCCCAAAACACUCACUGCUCUAGGGGGAAUCUCAGGGAGGAAGGGGCCCAAAAAAUACCAGCAACGUGGUGUGAAAACCUUGUGAAGACUUACAGAAAACGUUUGACCUGUAAAUGUAUAAGCCAUAUCAGCCAGCUCACAUGUUUACCCUCCCAUCUUCCACAGUCCUCUCUGCUAAGCGCCAUCCUGGGGGAGCUGCCUCACGACAAGGGCGUGUUGAGGAUCAAAGGUCAGCUGACCUACUCCUCCCAGCAGCCCUGGGUGUUCCCUGGAACCAUCCGCAGCAACAUCCUGUUUGGCAAAGAGCUCCAUCUUCAGAAGUAUGAGAAGGUCCUGAGAGCCUGCGCCCUCAAGAGGGUAAGACACACUGAAUGGAGCUCUCAUGGUAUUUAUUCUAGGAGCUUUUCAGUGGUUGUAAUGGUUUUGUGUUCUAUGACUGUUAACCCCUGUCGCUGUUGUCCCUUCUGUGUUCAGGACAUGGAGUUGCUGCCAGAUGGGGACCUGACAGUGAUAGGGGACAGAGGAGCCACCCUCAGUGGGGGACAGAAAGCUAGAGUGAACCUGGCCCGGUAAGACCACAGCUCCACUUCAUACCAGAGUAGAAAUGAGUUGAGGUACAUUCUAUAGAUGUGAUGAAUAUCCUCCUGUCUCUAUCUGAAAGCCUUGUUGUUGUGUCUCAGGGCUGUGUACCAGGAUGCUGAUAUCUACCUGCUGGACGACCCUCUAAGUGCUGUGGAUGCUGAGGUCGGGAGACACCUGUUUGAACAGUGAGUGAACUACAGUUUCAGCUGAACAGGUUGUUUCUUUUUACACCACUAUGAUGAGAUAAACUCAGAUCCUCAAGGACCUUUUACAACUGAAUAGAGUGAUGCAAUACAAUAGUACACUGAUAGGACUUUGCUCUCAGUAGACUGUAUCAACAUGAUUGUAAAAGAGCAAAACGAUAGAAAACACAACCCACUGGGCACACAAUGGUUGAAUCCAAGUUGUUUCCAUGUCAUUUCAAUGAAAUGACGUUGAACCAACGUGGAAUAGACGUUGAAUUGAUGUCUGUGCCCAGUGGCAAGCUCAUCUAUUUUGCAGCAGCAUAAGCAGUGGUGUAAAGGACUUAAGUAAAAAUACUUUCAAGUAUUUCGUUUUUUUAGUUUUACCAGGCUGGUCUCAUUGAGGUUAAAAAGUAUUUCACAAGAGAGACCUGGCCCAAAUAGCAGCUCACUAAGUUUCAGACCCAUUUACAACAUACAACACAAAGCACUACAGUUUAAAACAAACAUUUACACAUUGAGCAGCAAGAGAGUUUGGGGAGGUUUGGUGCAACUAUGAAAUGAUGACCUCUUGCUAAAUAUUUGGUCACAUGAUUCAUUUUGCGUAUGGUUUCCUAGAAACAAGAGGUGGCUCAAAUAAUCCUUUGGCUCAACUUACCCCACUAUCCUUUAGUACAACUGAACUACAUUCUUCCCAGACUCAGAUUAGGCCUACUUACUGGCUGCUUCUUUAGGGCAGGAAUGGGUAUUUGUAUAGCAUUUACAAGGAAAAGGAGGUUCAGGGUCAUGUGGAUUCUCUGAUGUUAGAACAGGCUUCAUGCCUUAGGCCUACACCAGCAGGGUGAAACUGCCCUUUAACUGUCAGCAUCAUUAUGGGAGUGGUAGUAAACCGAGAAGAUUUAGUGGUGCACGCUAUACUAAAAACCUGACAUGGCCCCGUCUCUCUAUCUAUCUGUCUGUCACUGUCUGUGUUUGUGUCUGUCUCUGUCUGUCUGUCUCCAUGUGUCCGUCUGUCUGUCAUCAUGUGUCUGUGUGUCCAGGUGUAUCUGUGGUAUUCUGAAGAAUAAGCCCCGCAUCCUGGUCACCCACCAGUUGCAGUACCUCCAAGCAGCCGACCAGAUCCUCGUCCUCAAGGAGGUGUGUUCCUGGCAGGGUUUAACAUUCCACACAUGCUUUGUACCCUUCAAAUGACCACCGGUGCAUUUCUGCUUACCUUUUACUUUGCUGAGCACAUAACACGUGUACUGCUGUCAAUCUUUAUGAAAGGAAUAGUUCACACAAAGGCAUAUGAAUACAGACUCCAGAAGUUGGGCAGGGUGUGACUUUCGUAUGUGUGUGUCAGGGUCACAUGGUGGCGAGGGGGACAUACUCCGAGCUGCAGCACUCUGGGGUUGACUUCACCUCCCUGCUGAAGAGGGACGAGGAGGAGGAGCCACAAACCAACAACAAUCACUCAGUGGUCAAACACGCCCUCUCCCAGAACUCUGUUUGCUCCCGGAAUUCAGUGGUCUCCCACACCUCCUCCAUGCACUCUGUUCAAGAUGGAGCUGAACAGCUUCCGGUGGGUCCAAACUCCACCCACUUCCUGUCAAGUCCUUAGAUAUAGUCACAAGGAGGAUUCUCAUUCUGAAGUGUCCCUGAUCGUCCCUCCCUUUUUUUUUUAGGGAGUAGAUCAGCUUUAAUAUUGCAGAUAGAUUGUAAUUGUCUGCAUCACUUCCAAUCCCCCAUAUGUUUUUUUCUCUCUCGCAUAUAUAUAUAUAUAUAUAUAUACACAGUGCUAUGAAAAAGUAUUUGCCCCUUUCUAAUUUUCUCUAGUUUUGCAUAUUUCUGAUACUGAAUGUUAUCAUAUCUUCAACCAAAACCUAAUAUUAGAUAAAGGGAACAUAAGUGAACAAAGAACACAACAAUUACAUAUUUAUUUCAUUUAUUUUAUAAACAAAGUUAUGCAACACCCAAUUCCCCUGUGUGAAAAAAGUAAUUGCCCCCUUACACUCUAACUGGUUGUGCCAUUUUUAGCUGCAAUGACUCCAACCAAAUGCUUCCUGGAGUUGAUCAGCCUCUCACGUCGCUGUGGAGGAAUUUUGGCCCACUCUUCCAUGCAGAACUGCUUUAACUCAGUGACAUGUGGGUUUUCAAGCAUGAACUGCUCGUUUAAAGUCCUGCCACAACAUCUCAAUUGCGAUUAGGUCUGGACUUUGAAUAGGCCAUUCCAAAACUUCAAAUGUGUUGCUUUUUAGCAAUUUUCAUGUAGACUUGAUUGUGUGUUUUGGAUCAUUGUCUUGCUGCAUGACCCAGCUGCGCUUCAGCUUCAGCUCACAGACGGAUGGUCUGACAUUCUCCUGUAGAAUUCUCUGAUACAGAGCAGAAUACAGAGCAAGUCGUCCAGGUCCUGAGGCAGCAAAGCAUCCCCAAACCAUCACACCACCACCACCAUGCUUGACCUUUGGUAUGAUGUUCUUACUGUGGAAUGAAGAGUUUGGUUUUCGCAAGGCAUUACUGGAACCAUGUCGUCCAAAAAGUUGACUCAAGUUUGCCAAAAAGCACCUGGAAGAUCAUCAAGACUUUUGGAAGAAUGUUCUAUGGACAGAUGAUUCAAAAGUAUAACUUUUUGGACGACAUGGUUCCAGUAAUGCCUGGCCAAAAUUCCUCCACAGCGACGUGAGAGACUGUUCAACAACUACAGGAAGCAUUUGGUUGGAGUCAUUGCAGCUAAAGGUGCCACAACCAGUUAUUGAGUGUAAGGGGGCAAUUACUUUUUCACACAGGGGAAUUGGGUGUUGCAUAACUUUGUUUAUGAAAUAAAUAUGUAAUUGUUGUGUUAUUUGUUCAAUUAUGUUCUCUUUAUCUAAUAUUAGGUUUUGGUUGAAGAUCUGAUAACAUUCAGUAUCACAAAUAUGCAAAAGUAGAGAAAAUUAGAAAGGGGGCAAAUACUUUUUCAUAGCACUGUACAUACAUAUAAAUACAUAUACAUACAUAUACAUAUCCUUUUUUAAAAAUAUAUUUCCCUUUAUUACUUUCCAACCCCACCACCCCUUCCCCAAUUGGAGUAAACUAGUGAACAACAAUGCAUAGGCCUCUACUUCCAGCUUAUACAUACUAUAUACAUUUUAGGGACACAGUCAAUUUUACAAUAAUUAUAUUUUGUUUGUUUUUACUCCUGAACUUCCUCUACCCUCAACCUCUCCGAUCAUUUUCAUGAUGUCCAUCCGGUUUGCUUCUAUAUGCCAUAUCUUUCUAACUGUGCUCUUUCACAAAAGCUCUCAACCUAUAACCUAUAUACUUAUUAUGGACACAGUAUGCUUUACAUUAGUUAUCUUGUUGUUAUCCCUUAGUUAACAGUAUUAUCUCUCCAUGUCUCCUCCCAGGAGGAGCCUGCCCAGACAGUAGCAGAGGAGAGCCGAUCGGAGGGCAACAUCGGUGCCACCCUCUACUUCAAGUACUUCAAUGCAGGAGCCAGCAUCCUGGUUAUGCUGGGCACAGUCCUCCUCAGUCUCAUCGCUGAGGUAUUAAAGCAUCCAAAAUGUCAUUCAGUGAAUAGCCAUAUGUCACCAUUCAACCUCAUAGCAUCUACAGUAUUUACAAGCAUUUUGACUUCUGAUAGAUGUGUGCAAAGUCAAACUCUGCACAGAUCAGUGCAUUGGAACCAAUGACUCACUGCAAUGAUCUAACCUACUAUAAUAUCAUAUGUCACCCACAGGUAGCGUACGUUCUUCAGGAUUGGUGGCUGGCCUAUUGGUGAGAGGCAUCUAUUGUUACAGUAGUUCAUUAUUUGUUUCACAGUGCACCAUAGCGAUGUGAAUAUUCAAAUACAAAUGCUGACUGUUUGAUUGACAGGGCAGGAGAGCAGGAGAAACUCAAUAUUAACGGCACUGUGAUUGUCCAAAAUGGCCUCAACAUCACUCAAGAGUUGGACCUCGGUUUCUACAUGGGCAUUUAUGCAGGUAUACAGAGGAAGAGCAUUCCUAAAUAUACUGUAUACUUACUUCUCCCUUCAAAGAAUGGGAAUAUUUUGCAAGUAAGUAUGAGAUUGUCCCCUUACCUGGGAAGAAGCUUGGGAAAAUCGUGUAAUGACUGACAAGUCACCUUCUCUGUGUUCAGGUUUGACUCUGGCCUCAGUCAUUUUUGGCUUUGCCAGGAGUCUGUUGAUGUUCAAUGUGCUGGUGAAAGCUGCUCAGUCUCUGCACAACCGCAUGUUCAACUCUAUCCUCCGAACGCCUGUACGCUUCUUUGACAUCAACCCAAUUGGUGAGAAACCCCCCCGUGAAAUAGAAUCUGUGUUGACUUUAUUUUUUUUGUACAAUACAAUUACUUGGAGACUUGGAAUUGAGUCCUGACCUAAAAAUGCUUUGAAACGGGUUGGGUGAGAGGGCUUGAAGGGUUAAAUGGUCAAAGGGUAAUUGUUCUCUUCCCAUUGGGAACAGACGUCAUUUUAACGUCUAGUUUUGAUUUACAUUUGGUUGAGUUGUCAACUAACGUGAAUUCAACGUUUUAAAAAAUGUAUGUCACCGUCAUUGGAUUUAGGUUAAAAGCUGGGUGAAAAAAAGACUAAAUUCCCUUAGGUUUGUUAGGGAUUGAAAACUGGUCAAGUUGUGGAUAAAUGCUAGAUAGAAGGCGAACAACUUCUAUAUUUAAAGGUUUAAUAGAUAGACAGACAGACAUAUGCAUAUGGGAAGACAGACACGUUACUCUAAGAGGUUCGCAGCAAAUCUCUCCCCCUCCAGAGGAAAGGGCGGAACUAAAUGCUCUUGUCUUACCUGUUUGCUGUUUCACCCUUCUGUGUCUGGUGCCAAAGCAUUAAAUCAAGGCUGAGACCUUGGGGUUGAAUAGACUAUACAUUUGAAACGUCUUAAUCGCUUAGGACAGCCAUGUCUGAUUUUAUGACUGAGGGUCCCAGAUACCAGUUACUAAGACCUGAUUUACGGUGACCUCUGGCCUUACAGAGGGUACCUAGAGGCCAAAUUCCAAUAGGGAAUAGUCAUCCUAAAAUAGCAUUCUUAGCACGAUGAUGACUUUUUUCAAAUCCAAUCAGUUUUCCACGUUGAUUAAACGUUAUCACAUUUAUUUUUUGUUGUUGAAGGACGUAGGAAACAAUGUUGAUUCAACCAGUUUUUCCCCAGUGGAUUACUUCCUCCUGUUUCCUCCUGUUUUGUCACAGGGAGAAUUCUCAACAGGUUCUCUAAGGACAUCGGCCAGCUGGAUUCCAUGUUACCUAAUACCUUUGUUGACUUCUGUCAGGUAAGUGAGUGUAUAUCUCUAGAGGGGAACAUCUAUGUAUUUUGCAGGCAGAUAUAGAUUUACCAUCCAAUAUCUAUACUCCAUAAAUCUUUUCUUCUCUUCAUGUCUCCUGGGGGCGUAUCCAAUCUUUCCACAGUUGAUCCUGCAGAAUAUCGGCGUGGUGGUGGUGGCAGCCUCAGUCAUGCCCUGGAUCCUCAUCCCUGUGGUUCCUCUACUCAUCGUCUUCCUGUUCCUGAGACGCUACUUCCUGCAGACAUCACGGGACGUCAAACGCCUGGAGUCCACCAGUGAGUGACAGGACUGACUGGGACAGUUAGGGGAGGCAAGGGACAAAUGAUAAUUGUACAUUUGCCCUGUUAAUGUGUACAAUUUCCCUUUUGUGUCUGUAGGCGUGUGUUGAUGUAUUUCCUGUGUUCUGCAGCUCGGAGUCCCGUCUUCUCCCACCUGUCCUCGUCCCUCCAAGGUCUGUGGACGAUCCGAGCCUUCAGAGCCGAGGAGAGAUUCCAGAACAUCUUUGACACUCAUCAGGAUCUGCACUCAGAGUCCUGGUUCCUGUUCCUGGUCACCUCUCGCUGGUUCGCUCUCCGACUGGAUGGAAUCUGUUCGGCCUUUGUCACUGUCACUGCCUUCGGCUGCCUCUUCCUCAGAGAUGGUAAGAGGAUAAGUUAUUAUGGCUGUGUCUCAAAUGACACCCUAUUACACAUGUAGUGCACCCCUGACUCAUUACACAAGCUGAUACACAAUUAUAGAAAUCAAUGUUGGUUACAUAUGAUGACGUUAAAAAAUGGAUUCUUUGGCUCAUUGCCUGUUCCCUAGCAGCAACUUGUAUUACACUUGGGGCUAAACAGUUUUGCAAGCUAUGUCAAGAAACAUAAUUAAUAAGGAAGUUUCAUGAAAUAAAAUAAAAUAAAAAAUAUCUUCUCAACAAUGCAGAGAUAAAGAAAAUAGAGAAAUUAUAGAAAUGUAAAAACACGUUAUAAUAAAUACACAAUUAGUAACGAAAACUUGGCUAUAUACAUGCGGUACCAGUACAGAGUGCAGGGGUACGAGGUAAUUGAGGUAGAUAUGUACAAAUAACUAGGAAUAAAGUGACUAGGCAACAGGAUAUAUAAUAAACAGUAGCAGCAACGUAUGUGAUGAGUCAACAUCACAUACGUUAGUGCAAAAAGGGUCAAUGCAGAUAGCCGGGUAGCUAUUUGGUUAACUAUUUAGCAGUCAUGGCAUGGGGGUAGAAGCUGUUCAGGGGCCUGUUGGUUCCAGCAUCGGUAUUGAUUGCAGUGCGAUAGCAGAAAGAACAGUCUAUGACAUGGGUGGCUGGAAUCUUUGACAAUUUUUUGUGCCUUCCUCUGACACUGCCUGGUAUAGAGGUUCUGGGUGGCAGUGAGCUCAACCCCAGUGAUGUACUGGGACGUACGCACUACCCUCUGUAGCGCCUUGAAAUCGGAUGCCAAGCAGCUGCCAUACCAAGCGGUGAUGCUGUCAGUCAAUAUGCUCUCAAUGGUGCAGCUGUAUAACUUUUUGAGGAUCUGAGGACCCAUGCUAAAUCUUUUCAGCCUCCUAAGGGAGAAGAGGCAUGGUCGUGCCUUCUUCACAACUGUGUUGGUGUGUGGACCAUGAUAGAUCCUUAGUGAUGUGGACACCGAGGAACUUGAAGCUCUCGACCCGCUCCACUACAGCCCCGUCGAUGGGGGCGUGCUCGGCCCUCCGUUUCCUGAAGACUACGAUCAGGUCCUUCAUCUUGCUGACGUUUAGGGAGAGGUUGUUGUCCUGGCACCACACUGCCAGGUCUCUAACCUCCUCUCUAUAGGCUGUCUCAUCGUAGUCGGUGAUCAGGCCUACCACCGUCGUGUUUUCAGCAAACUUAAUGAUGGUGUUGAAGUUGUCCGCGGCAAUACAGUCAUGGGAGAACGGGGAGUACAGGAGGGGACUAAGCACGCACCCCUGAGAGGCCCCCGUGUUGAGAGGCAGUGUGUUGAAUGUAUUGUUGCCUACCCUCAUCACCUGGGUGCGGCCCGUCGGGGAGUCCAGGAUCCAGUUGCAGUGGGAGGUGUUCAGUCCCAGGGUCCUUAGCUUAGUGAUGAGCUUGAAGGGCAUUAUGGUGUUGAGCGCUGAGCUGUAGUCAAUUAAAAGCAUUCUCACAUAGGUGUUCCUCUUGUCCAGGUGGGAGAGGGCAGUCUAGAGUGCAAUAGAGAUUGCGUCAUCUGUGAAUCUGUUGGGGUGGUAUGUGAAUUGGAUGGGUCCAGGGUGUCUGGGAUGAUGGUGUUGUGAGUCAUGACCAGCUUUUUAAAGCAUUUAAGGCUAUAAAUGUGAGUGCUAUGGGGUGAUAAUCAUUUAGACAGGUUACCUUGGUGUUCUUGGGCACAGGGACUAUGGUGGUCUGAUUGAAAUGUAGGUAUUACAGACUGGGUCAGGGAGAGGUUGAAAAUAUAAUUGAAGACACUUGCCAGCUGGUCAGCGUAAACUCUGAGUACACAUCAUGGUAAUCCGUCAGGUCCUGCGGCCUUGUGAAUAUUAACCUGUUUAAAGAUCUUACUCACAUUGGCUAUGGAGAGCGUGAUCACACAGUCAUCCGGAACAGCUGGUGCUCUCAUGCAUGAUUCAGUGUUGCUAGCCUCGAAGCGAGCAUAGAAGGCAUUUAGCUCGUCUGGUAGGCUUACGUCACUGGGCAGCUCUCAGCUGGGUUUCCCUUUGUAAUCCGUGAUUGUUUGCAAGCCCUGCCACAUCCGACGAGUGCCAGAGGAUUCGAUCUUAGUGCUGUAUUGACGCUUUGCCUGUUUUAUGGCUCGUCGGAGGUCGUAGCGGGAUUUCUUACAAGCGUCCAGAUUAGUGUCCGUCUCCUUGAAAGCGGCAGCUCUAGCCUUUAGCUCAGUGCGGAUGUUGCCUGUAAUCCAUGGCUUCUGGUUGAUGACAUGCAGUGUAGCCAAUUAAUUGAGUAAAUGUUCUUAUCUGUUCUGAUCAGGGCUGGAGGCGGGAGCUGUGGGUUUGGUUUUGUCCUACGCUGUCACCCUUCUUGGGAACUUCCAAUGGACCGUUCGUCAGAGUGCGGAGGUGGAGAACAUGGUAAGAUUACAUCAAAGUCCUAACUCUGGUAUUGUCCAUCCCCCAGCUCCACAGGCCCAGGACCUUUUACAAUAUGUGAAGGAUUUUACCUGGGAAUGAAUAUCCACAGGGAAAAUAAUCAAACCCAGAAAUCUGCGCCAGGGACCUGUAGAAAUUGGAAUCAAAGGGUUUUAGCUGCAUCCUGUCAUUCAAGAAUGUUCAGCUGAAACGGCUCACUUAAGAAAGCAGCGUGAGGAUUAUUGAAGUUCUAUAACGUUUUUUAUAAUUUAGUGCUGAGAAGCCCGUCUCAAAGUGUGGGCUGGUAGACGAUAUUAGAACCAGGUUUGUUUGUUUGUUUGAUUGACAUGGUUGUUUAUUCACUGUCCUCAGAUGACGUCAGUAGAGAGGGUAGUGGAGUACACAGAGCUGGAGAGUGAAGCACCCUGGGAAACCCAGAAACGUCCUCCUCCUGAGUGGCCGAGCCAAGGCCUCAUAACCUUUGACCGGGUGAACUUCUCCUACAGCUCAGACGGACCUGUGGUCCUGAAGGACAUGAAGGCCAUGUUCAGGCCCAAAGAGAAGGUUGGCAUCGUGGGCAGGACGGGUGCGGGGAAAAGCUCCCUGGUAUCGGCACUCUUCCGCCUGGCAGAGCCAGAGGGCAGGAUCCACAUCGAUGGAGUUCUGACCUCCGAGAUCGGCCUUCAUGACCUGCGCCAGAAGAUGUCCAUCAUACCUCAGGUAGCUACUGUAGGAGGCUCUUCUGUGGCUGCUCUGUCCCUUAGUCCUUCUGAAUGUAGGAAAGGAAAAGUUUCUUCUAGUUUUCAGAUAUGGCUCUGUUAGAGCUUAUUACAUUUUUCUGCUUGUGGCCCCUCUGUUCUGCAGGACCCAGUGCUUUUCACCGGAACCAUGAGGAAGAACCUGGACCCUUUCAGCCAGCACACAGACGAGGACCUGUGGAACGCUCUCCAAGAGGUACUGCUCCUCAGACUCCUAUUGAUACAGAUACAGUAACGAGAUAUACUCACAUACAUUUACAUACAGGUUAAUGGGCUUUUGGUGUCAUCAGGGUCUUACUCCAGUAACUGUUUCCUCUCCAGGUCCAGCUGAAGUCUGUGGUGGAGGAGCUGCCCAAUAAGAUGGAGACGGUUCUGGCCGAGUCGGGCUCCAACUUCAGUGUGGGUCAGAGGCAGCUGGUCUGUCUGGCCCGAGCCAUCCUGAGGAAGAACCGCAUCCUUAUCAUCGACGAGGCCACGGCCAACGUGGACCCCAGGUAAAGAGCUGCCUCACACACACACAUCUAUUAGUCGAGGAAAGCGUGAUUGUGUUUCUUUAUCCUGGUUGAGUCUUUCCUGAACUAUUUGUCUGUCUGUGUCCUGGCUCUGUAGAACAGACGAGCUGAUCCAGAAGACGAUACGAGACAAAUUCAGGGAGUGCACCGUGCUCACCAUCGCCCACCGCCUCAACACCAUCAUAGACAGCGACCGCAUUCUGGUGAGCACUCUCCCCGUCAAGUAG